AUAAACUAUAAAUACAGGAUCACCGCCACCCGUACUACCCCCAUAAAAACAACCUGCUGAUAGUUCCUAAAACAUCCCACAGACCAAGACAGUAUUCUAAUGGGUUGGCAUCCUGAACUGGUCACCAGCAUUAGACCAUUCUCCAUGCUCAAACCGCCCAUCGUACACUGUCAGAUAGCCAUGCUGGCUAUACCUGCCGACGUACUGCUGCAAGUGCAUGAGGCUACAAAUGGGCAAGCACCUUUCCUGAUAGAAAACAUGUCCUUUAACGACUGGGCGUCACUGCUCGCUGUCAUGCAGACUAGACCCCAGGACCUAUCGGACAAGAUCAAGGAAUUGGCCUCCAACAUUGCGGACGUCUGCAAGAAGGCCGCUAUUGAGAACAGUGAACUUAACCUCAUCGUCGCGAAGGCCGAAAAGAUAAUCCUUGGCCUCCACGGCUAUGACACGACGCAUUUAGACACUGCCGACCGGGUAUCCACCAACGACACUGCAGACACCUUCACUGACAACUACAUCAGCAGCAUCGCCCUUACGCCUGCCGAGCUGGAGUACUUCAAACAGAAGGAAGCCAUGAGACGACAAUCUGCGCAUCUCGACAACUACUCAUCUGCUAGAGACACCAGCCACAAGUUCGCGAAGAACAGUCCAUUCCUUCCGCUGGCUUCAAGCACAUGGACGGAGAAAACAGUUCAGCGUGUCCAUAACUUAUUAUGGAAGUUGGAUACCUUCAACUACACCGCACCUAUCAGUGUCGUUGCAUACAUGGCCCUUGCUGGCCUAACUGUCACAGAUAUCGACAACUAUCGUACCGCAGCCAGGAAUGCGACCAUUUACUUCCCGGUCGGAAGGACCGGACUUGAUGUAGAUUUUCCUCCGAUCUCGAGCCUUGAAAAAGGCAAAUGCUCCCAAAGGCCGCUGCUGCACCAAAAGGGGAUCCCCAAGUUCCCGACAGACCUGCAAGAACUGAGGAAGCUCUGAAACGCAGGUACAUCGACUGCAGACCAUGGAAGACGGAAGACUUGGUUGGAAAACCAACAGAGAAAACAGUAAAAUAAUAAUCGCCUGCCACUACCCAAACCGCUUGAUGGACAGAGUAAAAUUCAAAAGGAUUU